CGCCGGGGCAGGAUCGUGGCAGGAGCUGGGCUAGAGCGGCAGGCGGGAAGAGUGGAGCUGAACGCAAAGGUGUAUUCGGGCGGCUAGAGCGACUCGGCGGCAGGGGGGGGGGGAACCUGGAGCUGGUGCGCGGAGGCUUCGAUUCCGAAGGCAGCGGUGGCUUCUUCUCCCUCCCGGACCAGAGGCCCCAUUGAACUGCGAGCCGGCUGGGGGAGGCUGUUUACUCACCUUCACACCUGGGCCAGGAAUCUGUGAGUAACCGCCCUGGGCCGCCGCCCCUGACCCGGCCCCUCCUCUUCCCCAGCCCUGCGGAGCCCAUGGAGAUGGAAGACGUCGCCAGAGGGGCGGCCCCAGGGCCCCUGCGACCUGGCUUGGUGCCCGUCAGCAUCAUCGGGGCCGAGGACGAGGAUUUUGAAAAUGAGCUGGAGACGAAUGCAGAGGAGCAAAACAGCCAGUUCCAGAGCCUGGAGCAGGUGAAGCGGCGCCCGGCCCACCUCAUGGCCCUCCUGCAGCACGUGGCCCUGCAGUUCGAGCCUGGACCCCUGCUCUGCUGCCUGCACGCCGACAUGCUGGCCUCACUGGGCCCCAAGGAGGCCAAGAAGGCCUUCCUCGACUUCUACCACAGCUUCCUGGAGAAGACAGCGGUUCUACGGGUGCAAGUCCCUUCCAACGUUGCCUUUGAACUUGACCGCACGCGGCCCGAGCUCAUCUCCGAGGAUGUCCAGCGGCGGUACGUGCAGGAGGUGGUGCAGAGCCUGCAGGCGGCCGUGAGCCGGCAGCUGGAGGACUUCCGCUCCAAGCGACUCAUGGGCAUGACACCAUGGGAGCAGGAGCUGUCCCAGCUGGAGGCUUGGGUCAGCCGGGACCGAACCAGCUACGAGGCCCGGGAGCGGCUGGUGGCCGAGCGACUGCUGGCCUACCUGGAGGAGAUGCAACAUACCAUCUCCACUGAUGAAGAGAAGAGUGCUGCCGUGGUCAGUGCCAUCAGCCUGUACAUGCGCCACCUUGGGGUGCGGACCAAGAGCGGGGACAAGAAGUCGGGGCGGAACUUCUUCCGAAAAAAGGUGAUGAACCGGCGCUCAGAGGAGCCUCCCAAGACCAAGAAAGGCCUGAGCAGCAUCCUGGAUGCCGCCCGCUGGAACCGGGCCGAACCCCAGGUUCCAGAUUUUCGACACCUCAAAGUUGAGGUUGACGGUGAAAAGCCAGGACCUAUGGACCGAAAGGGAGGCCUGGGAGUUCCCUCUCGGGACCGAAAUGUUGGGGCCCCUGGACAGGACACCCCUGGAGUCUGUCUGCACCCUCUACCGGGGGACAGCCCAGACCGGGACCCAGGUGUUGACACCGCCCUGGAGCUGGGGGACCUACCUCCACAGGGCCCCAUGAGCCUGGAGCCUCCUGCACCCCCAGAGAGCACCGAGGAGGGCGCUGACACGGAGAGAAGGUGGAAGAGGCUAUCGGGGCGUCUGGGGCGCUCGGAGAGCCUGCGGGUGAGUGACCGCCGCCGGCCUUCCCGGGGCAGCCUCGGGGCUAAGGGCCGGGGUGGGGGCCGCUCCCGGAGCGACGUGGACAUGGACCCCAGCUCUGCCACGGCCGUGCUUGGCCCUGCCCGACGAGCCACCCCUGAGCCUGGAGAGGAAGGGGAACCGGGACGAUCAGGACUGGAGUUGGAACCAGAAGAGCCUCCUGGCUGGCGGGAGCUCAUCCCCCCAGACACUCUGCACAGCCUGCCCAAGAGCCAGGUGAAGCGACAGGAGGUCAUCAGUGAGCUGCUGGUGACUGAGGCGGCCCAUGUGCGCAUGCUACGGGUGCUGCACGAUCUCUUCUACCAGCCCAUGGCUGACGGCGGCUUCUUCUCCCUGGAGGAGCUGCAGAACAUCUUCCCCAGCCUGGACGAGCUCAUCGAGGUGCAUUCCCUGUUCCUCGAUCGCCUGAUGAAACGGAGGCAGGACAGUGGCUACCUCAUCCAGGAGAUCGGAGACGUCCUGCUGGCCCGGUUUGAUGAUGCCGAGGGUUCCUGGUUCCAGAAAAUCUCCUCCCGCUUCUGCAGCCGCCAGUCAUUCGCCCUAGAGCAGCUCAAAGCCAAACAGCGCAAGGAGCCUCGGUUCUGUGCCUUCGUGCAGGAGGCCGAGAGCCGCCCACGGUGCCGCCGCCUGCAGCUGAAGGACAUGAUCCCCACAGAGAUGCAGCGGCUGACCAAGUACCCGCUGCUCCUGCAGAGCAUUGCCCAGAACACAGAGGAGCCCACAGAACGGGGGAAGGUGGAGCUGGCGGCCGAGUGCUGCCGGGAAAUUCUGCACCAUGUCAACCAAGCCGUGCGUGACAUGGAGGACCUGCUGCGGCUCAAGGAUUAUCAGCGGCGCCUGGACCUGUCUCACCUGAAACAGAGCAAUGACCCCAUGCUGAGCGAGUUCAAGAGCCUGGACAUCACCAAGAAGAAGUUAGUCCAUGAGGGCCCCCUGACGUGGCGGGUGACAAAGGACAAGGCUGUGGAGGUCCACGUGCUGCUGCUGGACGACCUGCUGCUGCUGCUCCAGCGCCAGGACGAGCGGCUGGUCCUCAAGGCCCACAGCCGCACGCUGAUGCCCACGCCCGACGGCAAGACCAUGCUGCGGCCCAUCCUGCGGCUCACCUCCGCCAUGACCCGCGAGGUGGCCACUGAUCACAAAGCCUUCUACGUCAUUUUCACCUGGGACCAGGAGGCCCAGAUAUAUGAGCUGGUGGCGCAGACUGUGUCAGAGCGGAAGAGCUGGUGCACGCUCAUCACUGAGACCGCUGGAUCCCUGAAGGUGCCGGCCCCUGCCUCCCGCCCCAAGCCCCGGCCCAGCCCAAGCAGCACCCGCGAACCCCUGCUCAGCAGCUCUGAGAAUGGCAGCGGAAGCCGAGAGAUGCCUCCGACUGACGCCCGGAAUGAAAGAAUCCUCAGCGACCUCCUGCCCUUCUGCAGACCAGGCCCCGAGGGCCAGCUCGCUGCCACGGCCCUUCAGAAAGUACUUUCCCUAAAGCAGCUCCUGUUUCCUGCGGAGGAGGACAGUGGGGCAGGGCCUCCCCGCGACGGGGACGGGGUCCCAGGGGAAGGCCCCGUGAGCCCGGCACAGACCCAGGAGAUUCAGGAGCACCUGCACAGCCUGGAGGGGAUCAUGAAGCAGCUAGAGGAGCUGGAGGAUGAAUUUUGCCGCCUGCGAACCCUCCUGUCUCAGCUGGGGGGGAACCCUGUCCCACAGCCCGGCUGCACCUGAGGUUCUUGCCCAAGCAGGGCUUUUGCAAGAAGGAGAGGAACAGGGGAGAGAACGUGAGAGGCCAGCUCUCACCCACCCAGUGGUUGCAGCAUGUCACCUCCCAGGGCCGAGGACAGGGAGCCGUGCUGUGCGGGCCAUGCCUGGGAGGGACCCAGCCAAGGUCACUGCCUCCCCCAUUAGCCUCGGCCUUCUCUCUGUCCCACCUUCUGCUUGGGGGACUCAGGGCUUUAUUCCAGGGACACCACAGAGACCCCAUAUCUCGGGCCUUCUCAGUAUUGCCUGUGGGGGUUGCCCCUCCACCCCCACCCCCAAGUGCCUUUGCUGUUUUUAUACCCUGAAUUGGAGGUUUAUUUUUUAAUAUAUAUUAUCUAAGGAGA